AUGAUCCGUGGAAGCCGAGUAGUCAAACCAGAUGAGAUUCCAGAGCUUCCAGAGUUCCCAGCUCUCUCCAAAAGAUUCUUGAAGACCUACGAAGACAUCUUCAAGUCAGAAGCUCCAAAAAUUUGUCAUUCUCUACUGAAGACUCCAAAAGUGAAACCAGGAGAGCUUGCUGACACUGAUUGCUUGAUCUGCAUCGAGGAAAUGGAAUCAGAAGAAGGAACCAUCAAAUGCGAGUGCUGCAAGCGCAGAUACCAUACAGAGUGUGUUCAAGAAUGGUUCAAGACAAAGAGAACGUGUCCUGCAUGCAGUUCAGCGCUUCUGGAUGAUUCCGAAUUUCCAACAUUGGGCCAAUGA